GCACGCUGGGAGAAGGACCUCCGUAGGGUUAUCUUUCCGGGUGAUAGAGAAAUACCGUAGAUUCAAAGAACUACAAAAAUGUUUACUUGGAACGAAGGGUAGAAAAGUUGUCAGGGAGGGAGCGAGAUGCUGGAGAGAGGAUGUACUUGAGUUUGUAUGAGAGAAAAGAUUUCCGCGGGGAGGGAGAGCAGAGUACCUUCACUGGUGCUCAACAGUUGAUGCGUGAUGGGAAAGGCGAGCAAACCCGCCCUUUCUCCCUUUUUUACUCGUCUUCAAAGGCUACUCGGAAAUCGUCAGACGGAUGUGUUUUGUGUUCCUAGCCAUCAGAGAUGGCUGUGACAUUACACACUGAUGUAGGAGAUUUUAAAAUAGAGCUAUUCUGUGAGCGAACGCCCAAGGCUUGUGAAAAUUUCCUGGCUCUUUGUGCUAGUAAUUAUUACAAUGGCUGUAUUUUUCACCGGAAUAUCAAAGGCUUUAUGGUGCAAACAGGAGACCCAACAGGGUCUGGGAAAGGAGGAACUAGCAUUUGGGGCAGAAAAUUUGAGGACGAAUACAGUGAAUACUUAAAGCACAGUGUCCGUGGCGUUGUUUCUAUGGCAAAUAAUGGCCCAAACACAAAUGGCUCUCAGUUCUUUGUCACCUAUGGAAAACAGCCACAUCUGGACAUGAAAUAUACUGUGUUUGGGAAAGUUAUUGAUGGCUUGGAUACCCUGGAUGAGCUGGAAAAACUACCCGUGAAUGAAAAGACAUUCCGGCCUCUUAAUGAUGUUCAUAUUAAAGACAUUACAAUCCAUGCUAACCCUUUUGCUCAAUAAGUUGCCAGGACAGAUUCCUGAAAAUUUGUUUAGACUGAACUGCUGAUGGUCUCUGAAAAGAGAGGGAUUCACAAAUUCAUUUUUUGAAUGAAAAGUUUUCCAAAAUCUCUUCUGGGUUUUUUUAAUGUCAACACUUCAUGAGGGAGAAAAGUCUUCUCUUGAUAUUUCCAUUUUAUGUUUCUCAAAGCUGAAAGAAGAGCAUCUGGAAAUAUGUAUGUGUGUAUGUUAAAAAAAAUUAAAUGCUUUUCAUCAAGCCA